AAUAAUAUAGUGCUCAGUAUUAGCCACGUUAAGUAUGUAUAAUUUUUUGUAUUAUAUUUACUCGGUGAUGGUUUUUAUAACGUGAUAAAUUGGAUUUUGUAUUUUGCUUGAAAUCUUAAAUAUGAUAUUUUCAUUGUCUUAUGAAUGAUUAGCUGAUUACUUAGUAUAAAGUGAGAAUUUCUGAAGAACAAAGUAUGCAUAUGUUAUAUGUGAAAUCUCGCCACAGAAUUAAAUAACGUUCAUUUAAGUUUCUUAUCUUAAUAUAUUUUUUAAAAAGACUAGCAUUAUUAAUACGAACUUUCUUCAAUUUUCCUAUACUGCUAACCACAUGAUGAUAGUUUUGUCCAUUAAGUCUAGUGAUGCUUCCACACAUAAAGAAGAAAAUAUUGAACGUAUAAUGGAAAUAAAUCCUGAACGAGGAAAUGCCCAAAUUGAGAGCUCAAGUUGGAGGCUUCCCUUACAAUGGUUUACAGAUAAAAAACAAAUACAAGGUGCAGGAGACAAAAAACAGUCCAGAAGACUAAGACGGUACUACAAAAUCCAGAACGAUCUGAUAUCUUCGUAUGAAGAGCUGCAUAUUCAAAGCAGUAGAACGAACCUUUCAAACAACCAUGAUGCAGAUUUUUCGAAACAAAGGAGAAACGAUAUGAUAAUAUCAAAGUUGUCAUUCCUCUGUAAUUUGGCAUUGCUAAUUGCCAAGACAACCACUGCUGUUUUUUCAGGAUCAUUAGCUGUGAUAUCUUCUGUUGUUGAUAGCGUAAUGGAUUUAGCAGCCGGGAUACUACUCUGGUGGAGUAACAGAGCUACUAAAAAUAAAGAUAUUUAUCGAUAUCCACAAGGUCGUACAAAGCUCGUGCCAGUUUCCGUGAUUAUUUUGUCUGUGGUGAUGUCGGUUGCUUCGAUACAGAUGAUCCGGGAAUCAGUAGAGAAGAUUCUAUAUUAUAUGGACCAUGCUGGAGAUGUAGAAUUUGGACUCAUUUCCAUCAUAACGCUUUCUUUUUCUGUUGGAAUGAAAGCUUUAUUGUUUGCCGUGUCCUUUCGAAUUAAAACUGUCAGUGCUCAAGCCCUAUCUCAGGACCAUCGUAACGAUGUGCUAUCAAAUUCCGUCGCAUUAGCUUGUGGCUUUGUUGGUUCCAAGUACUGGAAAUAUGCUGACCCUCUUGGUGCUAUAUUGAUUGGAAUGUAUAUAAUAAUUAAUUGGGGGAUUACUGGUUGGAUGCAAAUCAAACUCCUGACGGGUUACACUGCCAAACCAGAGUUCCUGAAGAAGGUCACAUGGCUUGCUCUUAAUCACGACUCGACCAUUCGACAGAUCGACACUGUACGAGCUUUUCACUUUGGUACAAAUCUUCUGGUAGAAGUGGACAUUGUAUUAGCUGAAGAUACGCCGUUAAAAGAUGCCCACGAUGUCGGUGAAUCACUACAACAGAAGCUCGAAGCUCUGCCUGAGGUGGAAAGAGCUUUUGUUCAUUUGGAUUACGAGACUCAACAUGCACCACACAUUGAGCAUAAAAGAGUAUAGAAAUGCUGAGAUCUUGACCCAGCUCUUGCUGAGACCUUGACCCAGCUCUAGCUCAGACCUUGACCCAGCUAUUGCUGAGACCUUGACC